GCGUUAUUGUUCUCGCUGGUCCUGGUGGAACGUUCAAUGAAGAGACUGGAAAAUUCAGUCCUUCCAAGGUGGUUGCUGACAGAGGGAAAAAAUACAGACAACCUGAUAAUUUAAAGCUUUGGUAUCACGAUGACCUUGUUAAGGCAGGCGUUGAGCGUGUUUACACCGAGCAGCUUGACCGAUACAUGAAGUCGUAUGCUGAAGCAUUUGAGAAGGCAUUGGAACGUUUUAUUGAGUGGCGCUGCUCUUUACCACCACGACUACAAGUACCACCACGACUACAAGUACCACCACGACUACAAGUACCACCACGACUACAAGUACCACCACGACUACAAGUACCACCACGACUACAAGUACCACCACGACUACAAGUACCACCACGACUACAAGUACCACCACGACUACAAGUACCACCACGACUACAAGUACCACCACGACUACAAGUACCACCACGACUACAAGUACCACCACGACUACAAGUACCACCACGACUACAAGUACCACCACGACUACAAGUACCACCACGACUACAAGUACCACCACGACUACAAGUACCACCACGACUACAAGUACCACCACGACUACAAGUACCACCACGACUACAAGUACCACCACGACUACAAGUACCACCACGACUACAAGUACCACCACGACUACAAGUACCACCACGACUACAAGUACCACCACGACUACAAGUACCACCACGACUACAAGUACCACCACGACUACAAGUACCACCACGACUACAAGUACCACCACGACUACAAGUACCACCACGACUACAAGUACCACCACGACUACAAGUACCACCACGACUACAAGUACCACCACGACUACAAGUACCACCACGACUACAAGUACCACCACGACUACAAGUACCACCACGACUACAAGUACCACCACGACUACAAGUACCACCACGACUACAAGUACCACCACGACUACAAGUACCACCACGACUACAAGUACCACCACGACUACAAGUACCACCACGACUACAAGUACCACCACGACUACAAGUACCACCACGACUACAAGUACCACCACGACUACAAGUACCACCACGACUACAAGUACCACCACGACUACAAGUACCACCACGACUACAAGUACCACCACGACUACAAGUACCACCACGACUACAAGUACCACCACGACUACAAGUACCACCACGACUACAAGUACCACCACGACUACAAGUACCACCACGACUACAAGUACCACCACGACUACAAGUACCACCACGACUACAAGUACCACCACGACUACAAGUACCACCACGACUACAAGUACCACCACGACUACAAGUACCACCACGACUACAAGUACCACCACGACUACAAGUACCACCACGACUACAAGUACCACCACGACUACAAGUACCACCACGACUACAAGUACCACCACGACUACAAGUACCACCACGACUACAAGUACCACCACGACUACAAGUACCACCACGACUACAAGUACCACCACGACUACAAGUACCACCACGACUACAAGUACCACCACGACUACAAGUACCACCACGACUACAAGUACCACCACGACUACAAGUACCACCACGACUACAAGUACCACCACGACUACAAGUACCACCACGACUACAAGUACCACCACGACUACAAGUACCACCACGACUACAAGUACCACCACGACUACAAGUACCACCACGACUACAAGUACCACCACGACUACAAGUACCACCACGACUACAAGUACCACCACGACUACAAGUACCACCACGACUACAAGUACCACCACGACUACAAGUACCACCACGACUACAAGUACCACCACGACUACAAGUACCACCACGACUACAAGUACCACCACGACUACAAGUACCACCACGACUACAAGUACCACCAUGA